GUUGUUACUAGUUUACUAUUUAUUAUACUUAUGAUGGUGAUGAUGAUGAUGAUAAUGACACUGAUGAUUUUUAACCGGAUUGAAUGGAGUUUUUCCUCACUGUUCAUAAGAAUUUCUACGGCCUCCUGAUUGACUUUGGAGUUUUGCAUCUUGGGAGAGAAAGUGAAGUCAUUAGCAUUUUUAAGUGGAUUAAUCACAAACCUUUUCUCUCCCAACCCCACCCUUGCCCUCACCCCUCUCCCCAGGCUCGAAAGAAUUUUAUUGGCUGUUAGUCUGUGACCUUAUUUUUCCUGAUCUUUAACUUAACUGUUUUAGAGCAUCUCUGGACGUCUGUAUUUUUAAUUUUUUAUUUUUGUUUUUUUAUUUUUAAUCUUUCAUUUGUUAAAUUUUUAAAAGUGUGCUACAAUAAAAUGUGUGUGAUACUAUUUAACAUUUAUGAUGGUGAUGGCAACUUCCCCAAAAGCCAUCCUGUUACCCUUAAAAUCCCAUCCUGCUUUUCCUGUACACUACCCCUCACAAACCACAAGCUGCAACAACACGGAUGCCCAGCCUGGAGCAGCAGCAGCCAGGAUGCCCUGGAGCCAGGGGGGCCUUCCGGAACAGAACACACCCUUCCUGGGUGAUGGUUUGUGAGAAGCCUUAUCAAAAGCAAUGGCCAGCAACGUUACCAACAAGACAGACCCUCGUUCCAUGAAUUCCCGUGUCUUCAUUGGGAAUCUCAACACGCUUAUGGUCAAGAAGUCUGAUGUGGAAGCCAUAUUCUCAAAAUAUGGCAAAAUUGUUGGAUGCUCUGUUCAUAAGGGCUUUGCCUUUGUUCAAUAUGUUAAUGAGCGAAAUGCUCGAGCUGCUGUGGCAGGGGAGGAUGGAAGAAUGAUUGCUGGCCAGGUUUUAGAUAUUAAUCUGGCUGCAGAGCCAAAAGUGAAUCGAGGAAAAGCAGGUGUGAAACGAUCUGCAGCGGAGAUGUACGGGUCAGUACCAGAACACCCUUCUCCGUCCCCUCUACUCAGCUCUUCUUUUGAUUUGGACUAUGAUUUUCAGCGAGAUUAUUAUGACAGGAUGUACAGUUACCCAGCACGUGUUCCUCCUCCUCCUCCUAUUGCACGGGCUGUAGUGCCCUCAAAACGCCAACGUGUAUCAGGAAACACCUCACGAAGGGGGAAAAGUGGCUUCAAUUCUAAGAGUGGACAGCGAGGAUCCUCCAAGUCUGCAAAGUUGAAAGGAGAUGAUCUUCAGGCCAUUAAGAAGGAGUUGACCCAGAUAAAGCAAAAAGUUGAUACUCUACUAGAAAGUUUGGAAAAAAUUGAAAAGGAGCAGACCCAGAAACAAGCAGUCGAGAUGAAGAACGAAAAGUCAGAAGAGGAGCAGAGCAGCACCACCACCCAGAAGAAGGAUGAGACUAACGUGAAGAUGGAGUCAGAGGGGGGUGCGGAAGACUCUGCUGAAGAGGGGGACCUUCUGGAUGAUGAUGAUAAUGAAGAUCGGGGGGAAGACCAGCUGGAGUUGAUCAAGGAUGAUGAAAAAGAGGCUGAGGAAGGAGAGGAUGACAGAGACAGCGCCAAUGGCGAGGAUGACUCUUAAGCACAUAGCGGGGUUUAAAAGUCUUGUCCCAUUUAUUUCUCUUAGCUAGGCGCUUGUCUAAUACAGAAAUUUCACCAGAUCCUCUCCCCUAGUAUCUUCUGCACAUGCUCACUGUUCUCUCCAUCCAUGUCCUUCCCAUGUUCAUUAAUUCAUUUUACCCUGCGCCUAGUUCCAUUUUCACUUCUUUUGAUGCUCCUAGUAGUUAUGUUAAGUCUUGCCUUUUGCUUUUAAUUUUGAUACCUCUUUAUGACUUAACAAUAAAAAGGAUGUAUGGUUUAUA